CACGACCAGCUCAUGAACUCCCUCCUCUUGUGGCGCCCACAUCUGUACUCUUGUCGCUUCGAUAUUAAGCGACGAAGAGCUUCCGAUAUAGCACAGGUGGCUGUGCCACCCGUUUCCAUAUGA